UUGUAGUAGCUUAGUACAUUUUACAUUGUCUUCCGCUGCAUAUUUCUGUCAAAAUGGCCCGUCCACUUCCAUUUAAAAUUGCAGUUGUUUCUACUGUUUUGUUUUUCGUAUGCACGAAUUAUGUAUACUGUAAUAACGGCAGAAGGGUUGGCGAUGUCAUGGACACUGAAUUCAGUGGUUUCUCCGUACCACUUGAGCACUCAUUUGAAGUUGAUGAUAUAGCAAAGUUUCGAGUACGUGGAGCGCUGGUGUUGAAAGCUGGAAGGGAGCCCAGCGUCUCACUGACUCAGAGUCAGCUAUCGGAGGAAGACAGAACCAAACUAAAGGAAGUGGCUGCAGUGGACGGUCUGUACAGAAUCCGAGUGCCUCGUGUCUUCCUGCAGGCAGACAGACAGACCGAGCGGCAGUUGGAAGGUUACCUCACAGCAUUUGUCAGAGCCUGCGCCAUGGUGGAGUCCCAUCUGAGUGACGUCAUCUCCCUCCACGCCGACGUCUCUGGUUACGUCAUCGGUGUUUCCAUAGUGACGUUUCCCGGGGCCUGCCGGGGCACGGAGGUGGAGGAUGAAGUCGACCUCGAGGUGUUCAACACCACGCUCAGCGUCAUGGCUCCCGUCAAUGCACCGGGACCUGAGACGGCUCUGUUCGUUGAACGAAUGGAACAAGAAACUGAGAAGAAGGGGAAGAAUCCACAAGAGCAGAAAUCUUUCUUUGCUAAAUAUUGGAUGUACAUCGUGCCUCUCGUUCUCUUCCUCAUGAUGUCUGGUGCUCAGGACCAAUCAGGUGGAGGAGCCGGAGGCGGAGCAGCCAAUGGAGGUGGCCGAUGAUCAACAAGCCAACAGUGUCUACUUUUUGUUAUUGGUGAACAUUUCCUGAACAAUAGUUGUCUCGAGUAGAUUUUGAUUGCUGUACAUAAUGCUAUUUAAGUAGGAUAAAUGUCCGUCACACACAACUUACAGCUGUACAGCACAGAGGAGAUAUUGAGCCCUGCAGAUUACACUUUUAAUACUAAUGUGAAAAUAAAGUAUGUAUUACUUGACCGGCCUUUUCUCUACGUCACUCAGACACUCGGUCCUGUUUUACUCUGAGGCUCAGAUUUAGUUGUAACACCAGUAAAGUAAUAACAGUGAUUAGUGAGGGAAAAACCACAUUUAUGAGACUCUAUGUUGUAAAAUGAUCAUGGUUUCAGAUGACGAUACUCCUAUUAAUAAACUAAAUACAUUUACAUG